AUGUUGAUGAAACCCUGCUGGAAAAUACAAAUUGGAGAAGAAGAAUGGACCAAAUUAUUUAAAGGAAAAUUCCAAGAUAAGAAGGGAAAGUGGAUUGAUUAUUAUAAGAAAUCCUCAAUAUGGUCAGGGAUUAAAUGGGUAUCUGCAGAGGUAGCUGAGCAUACUAGAUGGUUGGUUGGUGAUGAAACUGAAAUUUCAGUAUGGGAUGAUGUGUGGAUAAAAGAAAUAUCUUUAAAGGAUACUUUCCCUGCAAACAAUAUUAUGGUACAAAACCAGGAUAUGAAGGUAGCAGACCUGAUAAAAGAUGGAGAAUGGCAAAUUCCAUCAAAUUUUUUCCAAUUUUUUGCAGCUAUUGAUCUACCAGUUAUUGAUCAAAAAGGUGACAGGAGGAUAUGGAGUGCAACUUCAUCUGGUAAUUUCUCUGUAGCUUCUGCUUAUAAUUGUAUAAGAAAAAAAUUUCAACCUGUCAAAUGGGCAAAUACUGUCUGGCACAAGAGUAUACAUCCAAAUGUCUCUAGUAAUGUAUGGAAGAUUCUGAGGGGAGUUGUUCCAACAGAUGAAACAAUGAAGAAGAAGAAAUUCCAGAUAGCAUCAAGGUGCCCUUUGUGCAACAAAGAAGAGGAAAAUCUAGAACAUACUCUCUGGUUCUGUGACUUUAGUGAACCUACUUGGAGCUGUCUUGGAGGUAUGUUUCAGUUCACAAAUCCUAGAUCUUUUAAUGAUAUUCUCAAUUUUUCAAAACACAAGAGUCCCAUAGUAAAAGAAUUGUGGAGAGUAGCUGCUCUUACAACUUUAAGAGAGAUUGUGUUCUUGAGAAACAUAAUCAUUUAUGAAAAUGAGCAACCAAAUCUAAAAGCACUUAAACAGAAGGUUAUGCAGUUCACAAAAGAAUCUGAGGUUAGAAUGAAAGGAAGCAUGUGGAAUUCUCCUUAUGAUCUGCAGAUUUUGAAAGCAUUUGAAUUGAAGUGUAGAAAUGUGAGAGGCAAUCCAUGGGAUGCUGGAUUUGGUUUUAUUUGCAUACAAGGCACUGUAGAAUACAUUUAUGCAAUGUCAGGAGGUUUGGGUCUGGCUACAAAUUUUGUGGCAGAAGUUUUUGCAGUUCUAUGUGCAGGGGAAUGGGCAAUCAGCAAAAACUUUCCUAAAGUUUGUUUUCAGUCUGACUCACAUGCAGCAGCUUUUCAAUCUGGAGAGAUUCCUUGGUGGGCUUGUACAAGAUGGAACAAAAUAAAAAGCACACUACAAGAAUGGUACUUCACUCAUAGCUACAGGGAGACAAAUUUCUCAGCGGAUUCAAUGGCAAAUAGAGGAGCAGGAAUGGCUAAGGGAGAAAAAAGAAGUUAUCUUUCAAAACCAGAUUUUAUCGAAACUAUGGAAAUUCCAGAAAGGCCCUACUACAAAUUUGACUAA